UGGACCGACAACAUUCUCAACCCGGACCAGAACAGCAAGCAGUGAUGAGCCGUCUUGAUAUUUACCAUAUUGCUAAUUCUGACAUCUUUGUCUGUUUUGAACCACGAUGAACAUGGAAGUGAUUUGGCCGUGUGUUGUUGGUUCUGCCUGCAGAGUAAAUAAUGAAGGCUUUCCUGGUAGCCGCGCUCCUACUAUUGGCAGUGGCAAGUGGAUGUGCUCUGAAGUGCAGACGCUGCGUCCCUUCAGUACCAGGUGUAGGAUGUACCGUCUCCACGGAGACCUGCUCCUCUAACAUGGACGCGUGUGUCGCCGCCCGCUUCCUCCAGCACCCCUACUCAUACUUCAACAGGUGCAUCAAAAUGACCGACUGCAGGAUCCUGCAGACAAGCCCCUACAUAAAAGCCAACUGCUGCCAGACAGACAUGUGCAAUAUCUCCAGCCUCUAGAAGUCCAGAUCACCCCCCCCCCCCCCCCCCCCCAGAGUGUCCAAGACAAGAUCCUUCUGCAUGGGUUCACUUGAGUCGUAACCAUCAGAAUCGAAUGAUUGAUAAACUGUCUUUGUUGAAAGCAAUGUAUGUUUAAAUGCACAGUGCAAAUAAAAGUGUCUUGUUUACAACAUAA